AUGGCGCUGCCGCAGUCGCCGGCCUGCGUGUCGCUGGCGCGUGGAGGGCGCGGCACCGCCGGCCCGGCCCUGCUGCCCAUCACGCAGCUGCGGCGGGAGGGCAGCGGCGCGGAGGCCGCGGCCGUGGCCAGCCUCUCGCGCCACCUCUCCGCCCCCGCGCCGCCCACCGAGCGCCAGAGCCGGUUGCUGGACAGCCCCGCGGCUGCAUCAGGCCGGUCCCAAGGGGACCGAUGCUCGCCAGACGGCACCGCGGACGGAGCCUCGGAGGGUAUGGGCGAGGCGCUGUCCUCGCUCUUCCCCUUCCCAACAGGCGCGCGGAAGUGCAACUGCAAAAAGUCCAAGUGCCUCAAGCUCUACUGCGACUGCUUCGCGGGCAACGGCUUCUGCGGACCCGCCUGCACCUGCGUCAGCUGCGCCAACCGGGAAGACAAUCGGGGUGCUGUGCAGCAGCAGCGCGAGGCCAUCCUGAUCCGGAACCCGAACGCCUUUGAUCAAAAGAUCGCGGCGGUGGACGUGGAGUCGGGCGUGCAGCACCGCCGCGGCUGCAACUGCAAGAAGUCCGGCUGCAUCAAGAAGUACUGCGAGUGCUUCCAGGCGGGCAUCGCCUGUGGCGAGCAUUGCAAGGACGGGAGCGUGGCUGCGCUGGCGGCCGACACCCACCUGCUGUUGGACACGCCGCUGGGGCCGGAGGGCCUGCUCCCCGCUCCGCUCUGA